AUGACAGAAAAUGGCUUGCAGGACUUAUGGUCAGAAUAUAAUUUCGCUACUGUUCUUUGUAUGGAUCGGUGUAAAGAAGGUUUUAAGCUUGGCUCUGAUGAAGAUAUAUGUGUUGAUGUAGACGAGUGUCUGAGUUCUCCUUGCAAGCACAAGUGUAACAAUGUAGACGGUAGCUACACGUGUGGGUGUAACGACGGUUACGUGCUUGGAGCGGAUAUGACGACAUGUGAAGACGUCGACGAGUGUCAAAAUACAUCAAACCAGUGUUCUCAGUUAUGUAAUAACUCAGUAGGCAGCUACAACUGCAACUGUCGCGAAGGAUACACGUUACAAGACGACAGAUUUUUGUGCGUGGAUGUCAACGAAUGUGCUUCACACUUGAAUAAAUGCUCACAAAUGUGCGUAAACACGGAAGGCGGCUAUAAAUGUAGCUGUCAUGUUGGUUAUGUGAUGGACACAAAGAUUGGAGACUGUGUUGAUGUAGACGAGUGUCAAACUACAACACACAACUGCUCCCAGUUAUGUAACAACACAGUAGGCAGCUACAACUGCGACUGCGAUAGAGGAUAUAGUUUACAAGACAACCGAUUUACCUGCGUGGAUGUCGACGAAUGUGCUUCACACUUGGAAAACUGCUCACAAAUUUGUGUAAACACGGAAGGCGGCUAUAAUUGUAGUUGUCAUGUUGGUUAUGUGAUGGACACAAAGAUUGGAGACUGUGUUGAUGUAGACGAGUGCCUGAGCUCUUCUUGUCAACAGGUUUGUACAAACUUCAACGGCUCCUACAGCUGUGGAUGUUACCAUGGAUACACGUUGUUUUCAGAUAACAAAACUUGUGUGGAUAUAGACGAGUGUCAAACUACAACACACAACUGCUCCCAGUUAUGUAACAACACUGUAGGUGGUUACACCUGUAGCUGCCAUCAAGGUUAUGAGUUACACAACGACAGCAGAUUUCUCUGUGUGGAUGUCGACGAAUGUGGUUUAGGAACUGACAACUGUUCUGAUGGUUGUAAAAACACGGCCGGUAGCUACGUGUGUACAUGUAAGGACGGCUAUCACAUUGACCCACACGAUCCGUUUACCUGUGUGGAUAUGGAUGAGUGUCAACAAGACCGACACAAUUGUACACAAAAUUGUACAAAUUCUAUUGGUUCGUACGUCUGUAGUUGUUUCCAUGGUUACCGUUUAGACAACAACGACAACGUCACUUGCUUGGAUAUCAACGAGUGUAAAGAAAACUUACACACCUGUGAAAAUACCUGUGUCAACACAUUAGGUUCUUACACCUGUACCUGCCCACUAGGUUACCAACUUGACCAAGAUGGUAGCUCCUGUGUCAAGACCAGAUCACAACCAUAUUGUCCCUGCUCCUGUAGGACUCAGACCAGAAUCAACAUGUCCAGUACUCUAAUGGCCGUUCAGAAAGUAAUUGACCAGAUCAAAAAGAACUUGACCGUUGAGACUCACGACCUGUCGUCCUACAUACGGAGCAAGACUUCCGCUACAGACGACAGAAUGUCGUCAGAGACAGUCGGUUUAUUUGGCGCCAUUUUGUUCGCGAUCACCGUGGGAGUUGUAGUAGUUCCUGACGUCAUCACACUCAUAAAGUUCCUGCUCUCAAAGCUGAGGCUUGUCUUUAGAAAUAACGUCGUCAAUGUUCAGUGA